AGAAAAAUCCAUACAUGUAUGAUAUAAAGUCAAGUUAGCAACCUCUCCAACUCCAAAAUACAGAUUUCCAAGUCCCAACCAUGGAUGUGGAGAAAGUCUUCCACAUGAAAGGUGGUCUGGGAGAGACAAGCUAUGCUAGAAAUUCAUCGCAUCAGAAGAAGGGGUUAGAAAUGGUGAAGCACAUAACCAUAGAGACCAUCAUAGAUCUCUACCUCACCAGCACUCCUCAUACCUUAGCCAUAGCUGAUUUGGGUUGCUCAUCGGGGCCCAAUACAUUGUCUGUGGUGGAGCAAAUUGUUGAUGCCGUGGAUGAAAGGUGCUGUAGGUAUCUACUACAGUCAUCGCCCGAGUUCCAAGUGUUCCUCAACGAUCUUCCGGCCAACGACUUCAACUCAAUCUUCAUGGCGUUGCCGGAUUUCCGUGCCAAGCUCAACAAAGGUGGAAGUAGGGAAGCUUGUCCUUGUGUUUUCUUUGCUGGGGUGCCUGGUUCUUUCUAUGGGAGGCUUUUCCCAAACAGAAGCUUGCACUUCAUUCAUUCCUCCUUUGGUUUGCAUUGGCUCUCUCAAGUACCACCAGCACUGAUGGACGAAAGCGGCACAUGGCUAAACAAGGGGAAGAUGUGCGUAUCAGAAUCGAGCCCUCCUCUCGUGUCCAAGGCCUAUUUCAUGCAGUUCCAGCAGGAUUUUUCACUCUUCCUUAAAUCAAGAUCAGAAGAGUUAAUUUCUGGAGGACGUAUGGUCUUGAUUUUAUUAGGAAGAAGUGGACAUCAGAGGGAGAUGGGCCACACUUUCUACUGGGAAAUGUUAGCCCGUGCCUUCGCUUGCAUGGUUUCUUCGGGCGAAGUGGAGGAGGAAAGUGUAGAUUCAUACAAUGUUCCUUUUUAUGCUCCAUCCAUGGAGGAAAUCGAAGGUCUGGUCCACGCCGAUGGAUCCUUUAGGAUCGACCGCUUGGAGAUGUUCGAAAUAGGUAGGGACGAUAGCAAUAGUAUGCAAGAUGGAGGGUCCAUGGCGAUGGCCGUGAGGGCCAUCCAAGAACCAAUGAUCCGUCACCACUUCAGCGAAGGAAUUGUCGAUGGAUUGUUCCAACAGUACGCUGAAAUGCUCGAUGCCGAAAUGGCUAAAAGAGAGAUUAAGGUUCCUAGUUUGGUUGUGGUCUUAAGAAAAUCAAAGUAAGGCCUCGUUUGGUGAGGUAUACUUGAAUUGAAAAUUCCUGGAUUUGGAAUACCCUAGAUUUAAAAUUCUCGAGCAGCACCCAGAAUUUAAAAUCCCCUGUAAUUUAAAAUUUUAUAUGAACUUAAAUUAUGUAGUAUAUUUAGAGGAGUUUGAAUUUAAUUACUAAAUUAACUUUAAUAUUCUUA